CAUGGGGUUUUAAUAGCGGGGAGGAGGGAUCCUGGGACCUCCCUCUCUCCCCCUCUCUGCCCGCUUCUACCUCGGCAGUUCGUCUCUGCAUUCGUCGCAGGGUCGGGUGAUCUCUGCAGCCAAAGGGUCCUACAUCAGUAAAUCAUGGGUAAGGAGAAGGUUCACAUUAACAUCGUGGUCAUUGGCCAUGUCGACUCUGGCAAGUCCACGACCACUGGCCAUCUUAUCUACAAGCUUGGAGGUAUUGACAAGCGUGUCAUUGAGCGAUUUGAGAAGGAAGCUGCUGAAAUGAACAAGAGGUCAUUCAAGUACGCUUGGGUGCUUGACAAGCUCAAGGCUGAACGUGAACGUGGUAUUACAAUCGAUAUUGCACUCUGGAAGUUUGAGACCACAAAGUAUUACUGCACUGUCAUUGAUGCUCCUGGCCAUCGUGACUUCAUCAAGAACAUGAUCACUGGAACUUCUCAGGCUGAUUGUGCUGUCCUGAUCAUUGAUUCCACAACUGGUGGUUUCGAGGCUGGUAUCUCUAAGGAUGGGCAGACCCGUGAACAUGCCCUGCUUGCGUUCACCCUUGGUGUUAAGCAGAUGAUUUGCUGUUGUAACAAGAUGGACGCCACAACCCCCAAGUACUCAAAGGCUAGAUACGAUGAAAUUGUUAAGGAGGUGUCCUCUUACCUAAAGAAGGUUGGGUACAACCCUGACAAGAUCCCAUUUGUCCCCAUUUCUGGCUUUGAGGGUGACAAUAUGAUCGAGCGAUCCACCAACCUGGACUGGUACAAGGGUCCAACCCUCCUCGAGGCCCUUGAUCUUAUCAACGAGCCCAAGAGACCAUCGGACAAGCCCCUCCGUCUUCCCCUCCAGGACGUGUACAAGAUUGGUGGAAUCGGUACAGUCCCUGUCGGCCGUGUUGAGACUGGAGUUCUCAAGCCAGGCAUGGUUGUCACUUUUGGCCCUACUGGUCUUACUACUGAAGUCAAGUCCGUUGAGAUGCACCAUGAGGCUCUUCAGGAGGCUCUCCCCGGUGACAACGUCGGGUUCAACGUGAAGAAUGUUGCUGUCAAGGAUCUCAAGCGUGGGUUUGUUGCUUCCAACUCAAAGGACGAUCCUGCCAAGGAAGCUGCCAACUUCACUUCUCAAGUCAUUAUCAUGAACCACCCUGGGCAGAUUGGAAACGGUUACGCCCCCGUGCUCGAUUGUCACACCUCUCACAUUGCUGUCAAGUUUGCCGAGAUCCUGACCAAGAUCGACAGGCGUUCCGGCAAAGAGCUCGAGAAGGAGCCCAAGUUCUUGAAGAACGGAGAUGCGGGGUUUGUGAAGAUGAUUCCGACCAAGCCCAUGGUUGUGGAGACCUUCUCCGAAUAUCCACCAUUGGGGCGUUUUGCCGUGCGUGACAUGAGGCAGACUGUGGCUGUUGGUGUGAUCAAGAGUGUAGAGAAGAAGGAUCCUAGUGGUGCAAAGGUCACCAAGUCAGCUGCCAAGAAGAAAUGAGUAUCUCAGAGGGUAGAAGAUGGCUGUUCUUGUUAUCCUGCUGUUUUUUGUCGUUUGAUAGUGUCGGGUGAGUGUGUAGGCGGUGAUGUUUUCGGCAGCUCUGUGUUGAUUAAGUUAUUGUUCCUUUUCGGACGCAGCAGAAUUGGGUGCUUGAUAGGCGGUGGCGUUUGUCUUUCCUGUUCCGUUUUAUUCAUGUUAUACUCCGCUCGUCGUUGGAGAACCUUGCUUUACUUUUACAGUUUUGCAAUUUAAGUUGUUAGUUGAGUUGCUAGCUUCUUCUCGAGUCUCCAUUAUUGUAAGAGACUUAUCCUGUGAUAGUUAAACAGUUUUUGAAAUGUGUCGAGAUCAUAUUUGCUUGCUA